CACACGUAAACACUAAGGUCCGCGCGAGGACGCAGCUGCUCAACGUUAGUUUCGAAAUAUCAACUUAUUUAAUCUUUUUGGCCACGUUUUACUCCUAGUUAUGAUUUAGAGAAGUAUUGGACGUUAUUAUACAUCAAAGGACGACUUUUUAUUUGAGAGUAAGCAACAUGGACGCUGUAAACGCGUUUAACGCGGAGCUUUUCUCCAUGAUUGACAUGAAGCCUCCUAUAUCCAGAGCAAAGAUGAUGUCUGUGACAAAGUCUGCCAUCAAAGCCAUAAAGCUGUACAAACAUGUUGUCCAGCUUGUGGAAAAGUUUGUAAAAAAGUGUAAGCCUGAGCUGAAGGUCCCGGGCCUGUAUGUGGUGGAUUCCAUUGUGCGUCAGUCGAGACAUCAGUUCGGUGUGGAAAAAGAUGUCUUUGGUCCCAGAUUCCUUAAGAACUUCACUGAGACCUUCCACAACCUCUACUGCUGCCCGGAGGAGGACAAGACUAAAAUCCUCCGUGUCCUAAACCUGUGGCAGAAAAACGGUGUGUUUGAUAUGGACAUUAUCCAGCCCCUCGUGGACAUGGCUCAUGGGCCUGUAGCACCAGCAGCUGCAGGAGUUUUUCCGUCUGUGAACACAGAUCCACACAUGCCUGCUGCCCCGACUGUGCUGGCGCAGCCUGCCAUAUCCAACAUGGAGGCUCUGGCCGCUAUGGCCCAGCUCUUCCAGUCUCCUCAGGGCCAGGAGUUACAGAGAGUGCUCCAGAAUCUGCAGCAGGGCAAUGACACCCUGGUAGCUGCCAUUGAAACCAACUUGGCAAACCCUGCUCAGAUGUCUACUACUCAUCCCAGUGCUUACAUCUCUCACACAAACAAUAAUACCUUUGCUGAGAAACUUCUAGACCGGUUUGAAUAUGAGGAUGAACCAGAGGAUAAAGCAGUGAGAGAAAACCACGCUCAGCUCUUAAGCAUAGCUGAAAAUGUCCUCAAACAGUUUGCUGGAGAGUUGCCUAACACCCAGGAUGUUCAGCCACAUCUGAUGGUCCCGCAUGAUGGGAACGUAAUAAACCAGGAGAUGAUCCAUCCAGGGCCUGAAGCAUACAGCUCUGUAAAGGAGCCCUACACACGGGAACCUCUCAGAGAUGACUCCCCAGUGAGGCGAGACAGCAGACACAGGAGCUAUGGGAGGAGGUCUAGGUCUCGGUCCAGGUCUCCCCAUAAGAGGUGCUCUCAGUCUUCCUCUCACUCCAGAAGGUCCAGACACAGACGCACUCGCUCUCGGUCCAGAGAGCGACACAGGAGGUCUCGCUCUAUGGAGCGCAGUGAGAGAGAGCGGGAGAGAGAGCGCAGGCAAAGAGGCCUCCCCAGCAUCAAACCCCAGAUUCUCAGUGUUUGCAGCACAACACUUUGGGUGGGUCAGCUGGACAAAAAGACCCAGCAGGCUGAUAUUAUGUUGCUCCUGGAAGAGUUUGGUCAGAUUGAGUCUGUAAAUAUGAUUCCACCAAGAGGUUGUGCUUAUAUUGUCAUGAUCCAUAGACAAGACGCCAACACAGCUUUGAACAAGCUCAGCCGCGGAGUAUUUCGAGUCAAUCAGAAGCCAUUUAAGAUCGCCUGGGCUUUGAACAAAGGCAUUAAAUCUGCUCAUAAAAAGUUCUGGGAUGUGGAGCAGGGUGUUACCUACAUCCCUUGGAGUAAGGUCAAAGUGGAGGAGCUGGAGAGCUACAGAGAAGGAGGGAUGAUAGACGCAGACACAGUCAACCCAGCAUGGGGUCUUUCAGAGGAGUUCUUGAACCAUCAGAGGCAGACAGGCACAGUUGUACAGAGCGCAGUGAGUGAAGGAGCAGCCUCUGGUCCAGUUCAGGUGCCUCCGAACCAGCUGGCAGCCCCUCUGGUGGGCUCUCCCGCCCUCCCCACCCUGAGCCUCCUGUCGCCCACAUCUGUUCAAGCAGAGACCAUUGCUGUCCCAGAGAAGAGCCCGGCUGCAAAGGCCACUGCUAAAAUCCUCAAAUCUCCUGACACCUCUUCUACUGCCUCUUCUAUUGAAACCCCCUCCUCCUCUUCUUCAGACCCCAAACCCGACCCUAACCUGGCAUCCCCUGCUCCCGUAGCUCCGCCCUUUGCCAUGCCUGGCCCGUUCCCCCCACCUGGGCUCCCUCCUCCAAGCAUGCCUCCCUUCAUGCCCCCUCCCAUGGCCCGCCCCCCCAUAAUGCCUGGUGGAGCCAUGUUCCCCCCUGACCGCUUCAGUAUGCCCAUGCCCUUCCCCCCUCGUGGCCCGCCCUUCCCCAGACCUGGCAUGGACAUGGGACCCUUCCGACCAAGAUUCGGACCUCCACCUUUCAGACCGAGGUGGUAGAACUUUCCUUUUCUUUUUUUAAUGUACCUCAUUUUAGCCAAAAUCGAAGGACAAAAAUGACUCAAUGGGAAGUACUUAUAAAUAUUGUACAUGUGUUGGCUCUUUUGUAAAUUUGUAUUGGUCUAGUUCCUUUGCUGACAGGACAGAGAUAUUUUUGAUAUGAUUUUGUAAUUCCUGAUCUUUUGUGGAACCGUUGAAAACCGCUGACAACAAGUUUAUUUGGAGAGAUCUUAAAUGUGGCCACUUAAUUUUGUACAUUAAGGUCUUAAAAGGAAAAAAAAAAGUAUAUUAAAAAACCCAACCAUUUU